GGGUCUCUUCUGGUGAUACGUUCACGAAAUCUACAACUGCCCAUGUCCAUAAGCAAACGACCAAUUCCAAAAGCAGUGACUCAACGUCUGCUAGUCAGACGACAAAAUCGUCACAACGCUCCAGCACAGAAACUCGAACUACCUCAAUUAAUACCCAUACAUCCGUCACCACUGCAGACGACCAAACCACAAAGGUCACCCAUUCCACCCAAGAAACCACGAAAACCGUCACAGCUUACCCUCUGAGACCUACUUUAACCGUCCAAACAAACAAUAUUGUAUUACCAUACUCAAAAGCUGUGCUUAGUGUCAGCUGUGUUACGAUGUACGCCAGGCAAUGGAGGGAGAUGAGGAUCUACCGUCAAAUGGAGGGGGAUUCCAUCGUAAGCCUCGUUGUGGUCAAGUCAAACAUGGGCUCACCGAACGUGGAAAUAAGCCCCAACUUUACGUCCGAGAUAAGCUACAAAGAGGAUGCCUUACUAGUAACAAUUCACUCCAAGGAAGUGGACUGCUCGUACCUUGGAAACUACACCUGUUUGUUGGCGCUCCCAGAUGAAACUUACAAGAAUACAACCCGAGUCCAAGCUCUGAAUAAAAAGAAUUCCAAACCUAAGCUGACCGUUUCCACCAGUGUCGUGGAAGACAACACUGCCACUAUCACGUGUUCUAUGGAGCUGAUUGAACCGAACGCCACCAUCACUUACAAAUUUCGCCCGCCUGGUCUGGACAAGUACUUUAACCUCAGUCUGAGCCCAAAUAUUACUCGGACGUGGACAGGGUGUUCUCUACUGAUUGAGAGUACACUCACUAUGGUAUCUAAGAUGCAUGAUAAUGGAUCUGUCUUUAUGUGUGAGGUGACGACAUAUCGUAAUAACGCCAUCACUACAUAUACAUCAGAAGCCGAAUUUAACGUUAUUCCAAAAACUUAUUGUGAUGAUAAGAAUGCUUUCGCCAUAUACCCUCAUCCCUACGAGACGUGCAAUAGCGUCGUGUACUGUUAUGUGAAUGGUCCACAGGUGUACAAAAUAAACUGUGGAGAAGGGUACUGUUACGACACGACUAAAACAAAUUGUGUGAAGGUGGCUUCCACAUCAGUGCCUAACACCACCCCUACCACCAACACCACCGUGGUGGAGACUCAAACAACGGGGCUGCCAUUCGAUUCCAAGGAUAUAUAAAUACCCAAUACAUGAUGGGAAAUAUACUCUGUGUUAUUACUGAGGUCAUGUGGCAAUUUUGAAAAAAAAACUAGAAAAAUCAACAGAAGAGAAACGACAAGUUUUCUCUUUAUCAAACCUCCCUCAAAAAAAGAGAAAACUUUUGAAAAAUAAUGUCUCCCUUGGGAUUACGAUUAAUCAUUGUGUUAAAAUCACCUUAGCUGACUGUUAGUAGUCAACGUUAUAAAUUCAACAAACAAGAGCGAUUGUAUAAGAACGCGCUUGUCAGCUGACGGUGAACGUUCUUGUUUCUUCAAACCCGGAAAUGUUGGAGUGAUGAAGUUUAUAAAGGUGAAGAUCUUGUGUAAUGUAACUUUGUUUUAAAUUUAGCUCUUUCUGGACUCCUCAAAAUCUAUUCAUCAACAAGUAAUGCCAUAAAACGUUGACUUAUAAAGCAGACCAAGCAGACCGGAGAACAGGAUCCUGUACGUAAAUACAAGUCCCAGAAAAGUACAUGGGUGACAUUUAUGGAGGAAAGCUGUGGAUUUUUAAAAUAAGCACGAAUUAAUCACAGCGAUAGGUGGAAAUUAUGAAACAUCAAUGUCAUAGACAUCUCUCAUAUAGACUUUUCCUUUUUACCUUGAUCAUGCGUAC